UACGGCAGCCCGCCAUUUUACUCGAGGAGAACAGAGGCCGCUCGCUCAUCCAUGGGUCGCAUGCAUUGAGCAAGCCUACGGCCUGACGGUGUGUGCUCUCUCAGCGGACAGCUUCUACUCGGUAUUUAUCCACUUUUUAAUUACGAGCCGGUCCAGGAGACCUACAUACAACACACACUUCGUCCUGUGGUCCAUGGUGUGACCUUUGUCAAACAUCGGAGGAGAGAAGGUGAAAAAUGACGCAGUUUCUCCCACCGAACCUGCUGGCCCUUUUUGCACCGCGGGACCCCAUACCUUUCUUGCCUCAGCUAGAGAAGCUGCCCCAUGAGAAACAUCACAACCAGCCUUACAGUGGCAUCGCUCCGUUCAUCAGGCACUUCGAGGAUCCUAGAGAUGCCCCUCCACCAACAAGAGCAGAGACCCGCGAGGAGCGGCUGGAGAGGAAGAGGCGAGAAAAAAUAGAGAGGAGGCAAGCAGUGGUGGAGACAGAGCUCAAGCUUUGGGACCCCCAUAAUGACCCUAAUGCACAAGGGGAUGCCUUCAAGACUUUGUUUGUUGCACGAGUGAACUAUGAUACCACAGAGUCCAAGCUUCGGCGUGAGUUUGAGGUCUAUGGUCCCAUCAAACGGAUUUACAUCGUCUACAACAAGAGGACUGGGAAACCUCGGGGCUAUGCCUUCAUUGAGUAUGAGCAUGAACGAGACAUGCACUCCGCCUACAAACACGCUGACGGGAAGAAGAUUGACGGUCGACGGGUGCUGGUGGAUGUGGAACGAGGACGCACUGUCAAAGGAUGGCAUCCUCGCAGGCUAGGUGGUGGAUUGGGUGGCACUAGGAGAGGUGGAGCCGAUGUCAACAUCAAGCACUCUGGCCGAGAUGAUGCCUCACGUUACGAUGAUCGACCCCUCGGAGGUGAUCGGGAACGAGGAGACCGGAGGGAGCGCAGCCGGGAGCGUGACCGGGACAAGGACAGAGAACGCCGGAGGUCCCGGUCCCGCGAACGCCGUCGACGUACCCGUUCUCGGGAGAGAGAGAGGGAGAGAGAGAGACAGAUUGGAGGAGCAGAGGAUGGCAGCGGUGGUAGCCGGCGUCGAGAGAGGGAGAGGGAGCGUGGGGGGGCAGCCGGAGGAGAUAGCAGGAGCAGGGAGAGGAGUCGAGACCGGAAGAGAAGGAGCAGGAGCCGGGAUCGCAAGAGGGACAGGGAGAGAGGCAAGGGGCUGGAUGGGGAGGAGGUCAGUCAGGGAGACGGUGCACCCGAGGGUGGGGAGCGGAUGCUGGAGGAGCAGGAAGGAGAGGUGGGUGAGGGCAUGGAGGAGCGCAGAGACAGGGACAGAGAGAGGGACAGGGACCGAAGGCGUAGCCACAGGGACAGAGACAGGCGCAGGGGAGACCGUGACAGAGACAGGGAGCACAAGAGGGAGAGGGGUGAGAGAGACAGGGGGGAGCGCAGAGAGGAGCGCCACGGAUCCCUAAGAGAUGACAUGGGCCCCCAGGACGACAUGGGCAACGAGGACGAGGGAGGAGCGCCGUCACACAUGGAGGAGUACAGUCAGGACGGCAUGAUGAUGGACCAGCAGUCCGUACCAUUAGCCGACGGCUACGGCUCUGGUGAAAACGGCUACAAGAUGGAAGCUCCAGGAGAUGAGUACUGAAACAGCAGCAGACUCCUUCUAACAUCAGCUGUUUCAUACUGUAUGUUAACGAGCCACAGAGCUGAACGAGGUCAGGACCUCCUCAGUAUCAGACAUUAGCUAGCUUCCCUCUGUCAACACUCUGUUCAGAUAUUCCACUUGAUAUUGUUGCACACAGUUGAUACACAGAAUUGAUUUGAUCUCACUGAAAGUUGCAGCUUUCCUGCAUUGCCCAACUAAUCCGUGCCACUAAAUGUAAUCUAAUUACCUUAGUGAUUCAGCUAGGUCUGUUUCUGUUCUUAACUUUUUAUUGUUUUUUUUUUUUUUUUUCCCUUCCUCUCCUGUGGCCUGGGAUGAACUGUAAAAACAGGGGUUCUCUUUGGUUUGAGAUGAGUAGAUGGUCUUUUAUUUCCAUAUUCAUAAAGCAGUUACAUUGUGUGCUUAUUUGGAUCCAGUUACCAGUUUCUGCUCAGUGUAUGUGAAGUCAAGGGGUAAUUGUAAUGUGUGACAAUUCAGGGCUGUACUGUUAAUUCAUUCUGGAAUAUUUUUUUUAUGUCUGCUGUUUGUAUGUUAGAUUUGCAGGAUCAUUUUAAUAAAGAUGUGACUUGAAGCCUGA